AUGAAGUUUCCUUUUUUCUUUCUUUCAUCAGUUAUGUCUUUUUGGAAAUCAUCUCGAUAUCCUAAUUUUCUUCAGUUUAUAUUUUCUAUCUUCUAUCUUUUACCUGUUUCCUUCAUUCAACGUUCCUCUUUCUUUUUUUAUGAAUCUCUGUUUCUCAAAUUCCUCUUCCCUUCCUUCCUUCCUUCCUUCCUUUCUUCCUUCCUUCCUUCCUUCCUUCCUUCCUUCUUUUUACCUGCUUCUUUCUUCAGCACUUUUAUUUCUUUCUUUGUUUCAUCUCUAUAUAUCCAAUUACUUCCUUCUUUUGUUCAAUAUUCAUCUUUCUUCAUUUUGUAUUUCUCUAUACAAUUCUUUCUAAAUUUUCUUUCUUGUUUUCUUUUAAUUGUUUUUAUUGAACAUUCCCAUUUCUUUCUUUUUAAUUUCUCACUUUUUAAUUUCUUUCUUUCUUUCCUUCUUUCUUUCUUUCUUAGAUCCGAUCUUUUCUUUCUUUCUUUGAUGAGGUUUUUCUUUCUUUUUUAUUUUUACUUCUUUCUAGAUCAGAAUUCAGUUAUUUUCAUUUUUUCAUCUCUCUCUGUCUCACUCUCUGUCUCUCUAAUUCUUUUCUUCCUUUUUUGCCUAUUUUUUGUUUCAAUAUUUCUAUUUCUUUCUUUUUUCAUCUCCCUAUCUCUAAUUCUUUUCUUCUUUCUUUUCUUUUUCUUUUCUUUUCUUUCUUUCUUUCUUUCUUUCUUUCUUUCUUUCUUUCUUUCUUUCUUUCGUUAUUUCUUUCUUUCUUUAACCUAUUUUUGUUCAAUAUUAUCUGUCUUUCUUUUUUCUCUGUAUAUAACCUUUUUUCAUUCGUUCGUUUUUCUUUUUUUCAUUUUAUCUUUUUAUCUUCUCAGCCUUCCUCCUUUUUGUUACAUAAUUCUUUUUAGUUUAACCUAUCCAUUUUUUCAGCAUUCUUCUUUUUUCAUCCCUUUCUCUAUUUUUUCUUUCUUCAACAAGUUUUUCUUCAGCAGCCAUCUUUAUUUAUUUUCUUCCCCUCUAAUUCUCAUAUUCUAUCUUUUAUCUCCUUUCCAAUUUACAUUACUCUUACUUCUUUUUUGUUUUUUACGAUUCAUCCAUUUCAUCAGAACAACUGGGUGUUUCUAUUUAUCUAUCUAUCUAUCUAUCUAUCUAUCUAUCUAUCUAUCUAUCUAUCUAUUUAUCUAUCUAUCUAUCUAUCUAUCUAUCUAUGUCAGUCUCUUUCUUAUGUAUAUAUCUAUCUAUCUAUCUAUCUAUCUAUCUAUCUAUCUAUCUAAACGCAAAAUUUACAGGGUGGUCCGAGAUUGCUUUCUCCGUCUCUCAACUCGCUUAUCUCCUGACAAAUUUUCCGAUAGGUGUACAUAUAUCAGCUUCUCAGUCAGUCGUCUUCUUUACGAUCCGCCUGAUUUUUAUUACUGUACAAUAGUAAGUAAAUCUAUCUAUCUAUCUAUCUAUCUAUCUAUCUAUCUAUCUAUCUUAAACUUGUUAGAAAAUAUUGUGUGUUUAAGAACACUAUCUAUCUAUCUAUCUAUCUAUCUAUCUAUCUAA